AUGUCAAGGGGUCAUCAGCAACAAAUGGAGGAAGACUACAACAUGGAGAGCUCAAUUACAGUGAGAGAUCGAGGUAUAGUCGAGACCCAAGCGAGACAGCGCCACAGGAGGGAUCUGGACAUGCCAAUCAGCGACCUCUUCAGAUCGACUCAGCCGGCCGUAUCCUAUGGCCAACCCCGCUCCCGCAGGCAAGGGGACUACCGAGACUAUUCCCCGUACAAGACGCCAAUCAGAGAACGAUCUUCUAUUCCGAGGCCCUCGGUCCUCAGGGGAACGGACGACGACGAAGAAACGAAUAUGGACGUGGAAGAACGCCGAAUCGAGCACCCCUUUGGAGAAAUCAUCGGGCAGGAAAUCGAACGGAGAGGAGCCCCAGUGGUUCAGCAGCUGAGUCGCGGACUUGGAGACCUCACUGUGAGCGUCCAAGACCUCCCUAUAAUCAGGGACAUCACUCGGCAGCACUCCGCGCAGCUCGCCCAGCAGCACGAAGAGCAGACCAAACUUAUCCGCGAGUUGCAGAUGAAGUUCGGCCAGGACCAAGAGGAACGGGAGCGCCGCGAAGGGAUCAUUCUCGCGCAAGUGCGGGCAGAGGCGGCCGCAACCACUACGAACCUCGGCCAAGUCUUGGACCAAAUCGUUACCACCACUAGGGCCCACCAACAGCGACAGGAAGAGCAGACCCAGCAUAUAAACAUGCUGGCUGACUGGAUCCAAAAGCUGCCAAAAGAAGGCCCAGCCCAAGUCCCAGAAGGCGUAGCAGCCACACUGGUACAAUUGGAGAAGACCAUGCGGCAGCAGGCCUCACUGGUGGACGGUUUCUCCGGAACAAAGACGGCCCUAGAAGAAAUGAUGGAGCAGUUGAAGGAAACAGCCCGUAAAACGACUGCGGAAAAACCACUGGCCCCAGAAACAGGUGGCGGUGGAUCAGGCCCACCUCCUAACCCGCCUCCCCAACAACCAGUCGCCCCUCCAGCCGGCUCCGAAUCCAGUGAAGACCUCGAAGACCAUGGCAAUCCGGAAGGAGGUCAAGGAGCACAAGGUGGAGGUAACGGGAAUGGCAAUAAGGGAGGUAACGCUCCAGAAGCACCCGGAUCAUCCCCAUCGGAUUCCUCAGAUUCGGAAGGCGAACGCCGCAAGAGGCUGGAACGAAGGAAACGAAGACACGAAAGGAGGCGCCAACGAGAGCAAGAACUCUCGCACCCCCCUCGUGCCACCGUAGGUGAUGCACCCAAAAAGGCCAACAUUCCCUUCUCCGGAAGAGCCGAUCAAGACGUAAGACUCUGGAUCGACCAGAUGGAGAUUCUAAUCAGUCUCCAGAAGAAGGUCCAAUGGGAUGAUGGCACUAAGAUUAUGUGGGCAUCCCUCGAGUUUACCGGUAGUGCGGCAAACUUUUGGCGGAAUUUUACGGAGAGGUUAGCUGUGGAUCGCAGUAUCGGAACCUGGGAACGGUUCAAGCAGGAACUUCGCACCCAAUACGGCAACCGCACGAGUCAGGAACAGGCCAAGCAGAGGAUGGAUAGACUCCGGCAAACUGGCCCAAUCGACGACUACAUCAAUGAGAUGCAGAACCUAGAAUGGGACGCACGAGUUGGACCAGUUGUCAUGAGAUCCAUGAUCCUAACAGGAAUAAACUCCUCGCUGGAACAACGGCUCUCCAAUGCGAUUGAGGAACCAAAUGAUUUCGUGGACUGGUUAGCCUGGGUACGAAAGGUCGGACGAAAGGACCACGAGGUGAAGGCUCGGAAGGAAAUCCUACGAGGUAAAGACACUGCGAAACCUCGUGAGGAAAAAACAGAACGACGGAAAUCGCGCAACAACGCAAAUCCUCGGAAAACUUUUCCCGCAUCAGCCAACAACUCCAAAAACUCGGAUGACUUAGGUGUCACCAGAGAAGAGAAGGAGAAAUGGCAGAAGGAAGGAAAGUGUUUCCGUUGUGGUAGAGAUAACCACUUAGUAAAAGAUUGCGUGGCGACGAGUAAAGUCAGGUUGACGAACCUGAAAAGAAAAGAGUAUCCUUCCGGGAGAAAGGACCACGGAAAGGAGGGUGAUAAGAAACGGAAAUUGGGGCCACAAAAUGAGGCAUUUAGGGCAAGGAUUACGAAUUUGGAGAGCUAA